GCCCCGCGCCCGUCUGCACGCGCCCCGCGCACAUGGCGCACCCGCCGGCCGCCGUGCCGCUGGGCGCGCUGGAGCAGGGCUGCCCGAUCCGCGUGGAGCACGACCGCCAGCGCCGCCAGUUCACCGUCCGGCUCAACGGGUGUCACGACCGGGCCGUCCUGCUCUAUGAGUACGUGGGCAAGCGGAUUGUGGACCUGCAGCACACCGAGGUCCCUGAUGCUUACCGCGGGCGCAGCAUCGCCAAGCACCUCGCCAAGGCUGCCCUGGACUUCGUGGUGGAGGAGGAUCUGAAGGCCCACCUCACGUGCUGGUACAUCCAGAAGUACGUCAAGGAGAACCCCCUGCCGCAGUACCUGGAGCGCCUGCAGCCGUGAGCCUGGUGUGCAGGGCGGGGUGCCCCUGCACCCCUCCUUCACAGCCCGGCCCUCGCGUGCUCUCAGGAAACCCGGUCCCCUGGGGCUGGCACCGAGAUUUUCGUCAGGAUGCCCACCUGCGGCCCCUGGAGGUUGCUGGCCAAGGAUGCAGAGGUCCUACAACUGUGGCCAGGGCGGCCGGGCAGCUCAGCCCUGCGGACACCAGCCAGCACCCCAGAGGACUGUGCAGCCUGCGAGGGCCUGCGGCCGGGGCUGGAACAUGGGCGGGGUGUCCCUGUGGCCAGUCCGGGUCCCAGUUCCAGUCCCUGCUCUGAUUGGCAGGGGCUGCCUUGGCACCCUCCACCCCCGUGGCCUCUGCGUCCGUGUCCUACUUGCAGAUGAGGAGACUGGUCCUGAGUCCAGAGGAGCAAUAAGAAACUGUGCCAACUCCUGAGGGGCACAGCGCCAAGACACUGCUGCCAGCGCGGCCCUUCUCUUCCUCCAGCUGCCUUCCCUGGCCGGCUCUGCAGGGAACCAGGGUGCCCGUGGCCGGCCCCCAAUCUGCAGCAUCACAGGGCCCCGCCUCCCUGGCCCCUUGGCCGCCGUGUGGGUGAGCCUUCUCAGAAAGGACCCUUUGGGGCUGAGAUGGGAGGGAGGCAGGCUGUCUUCAAAAACCAUCCUCACCACCCAAAGAAUGAGACAUUUGUGGCCACCAGACGCAGGGCAUCUUCCGUGGUGAGCUGGUGGCUGGGCGUGGCCUGUGGCCUGUCUGCGGUCCCUGGGCCCCUGCUGCUCAUGGCCCAGGAGACAUACCCUAGCACCUUUGCUCAGUACCCAACCUCUCUGUGGGCUUCCUUUUCGGGGCUGGUUCGGGCUCAAAAUCCUGCCUUCCACUACCCUGCUCCCCACAGGUCAAACCUACACCUGCUCCUCUGUGGGGCUGGAGGGGAACCCAGGGGUCAGAGUCCCUCUGGGGCUGAGACCAGUGAACAGAUUCCCUGAAAGGGACAUGACCCCUCCAGGCCUCGGCCAUUGCUACUCACCUCUGUUCCCGGUCUCAGCACCAACUCCCCAGCACCUCUGCGGCAGCUCAGGGGCUCCCCAGACAUCUGUACACGGACACCUCGGCGCUCAGUGCCAGGAACAGCACUGCACACGCCCACUCUGGGCUCCAGGACGUCCCAGGAUGCUGAGGGCAACCUUCCCACUGUGCCCCCAACUCUGCGUGGUGUGACUGUGAGGGACAGGGACGCCCCCGGGCCCCCACCGGCUGGGAGUCUCGGGCCAGAAGGGGAUAGCUGGCUGGAGGUGGGCUCAGUGGCUGGGUCCCUUGCAGGCCUGGGAGUGGACAGACAGGCCAGCCUAGUGGGUGGUCUUCCUCCCACCCUCCCUCCCUGGCCAUCCCUACCCACUCACACACGUCUCCCCAAGCUGAAGCACAGACUCUGUUAGGAAACUCCAGUGGCUCAGAAGCUGGUGCGUGUCCCUCUGCAGCCUGUGGGGUGAGGGUGCCUUACACGGGGCUCUAGGACGAACGGUGUGGAGCAGGGGGCCGGGAGCACCAGAAAGGACUUGUCUCUGUCCCCACUGCCCCGGCCUGAGCCCGCGUUCUUGCAGCAGGUGGCUCACUGUACCUGGGCCAGCAUGUGAACAAAAUGUAUUCAAUGAUCCAGGACCUGCUCAGGGUCUGGGGCGGGGCUGGGUGAGUUGUGCAGCCUUGGACCCAGGGACAGCCUGUCCCCAGUUCCUGUGGGUGUGACCUGGCCUCCGCCACCCGGCUGCCCUCAGGCUGCAGUAGUGGCCUGACGGGCAGGCUGGGGACCAGCAGACCCUGGCUCGGAGCCCUCAGCCAGCACAGCCGGUUUGCCACGGCUGGCCUGCCUCUGGUGCUCCCCCCCCACCCCGUGUCUGGCAUCUCAGCGUCUCCCUGACCUGUGCCAUGAGCCCUUGCUCUAGAGGGGGGCAGCCCCCCGACCCCUUCAGCAGGCUGCCCGAAGACCCUGUGUUCUGUCCCAUCUCACUGGAUUUCCUGACUUGCCCAGUCAUGUGCCUUUUCUACUCAGGACCUGCUCCAGGCGAGGCCAGGCCUCCCUCAGUUAUUCCUCAAGCUGCUGGACAGACCGCAGGACGCCCAUCUCAGCGAGAGCCAUGCCCACGCACGGCAGGAUGCCCGGGAGGUCCGCGGGGCCUGAGGAAGGACAGGGAAGGUGGGCUUGGUGGGCGGUCUCCGCGCUUCCACCCACUUCUGCAGUCUAGUUGGCAGCACAGCCUGUUUCCAGGUAGGGAAACUGAGGCUGAGAGACGCCAAGGUCCCGCAGCGAGACGGCGGUGCCAGCGUGCCUUCCAGGCCCUUCCCUGCCAGCCGGCUCCAAGGCCACCGCCAUGCUCUCCACUGGGCUCCCACACCUGCAGGGUGCGGGAAGGGUUCACCUGGAAGAGGGUGCGCUCAUGUGACCUCACGUCUUGGAAGUGGCUCCCCCCCACGAAAAACCUCUUGGGGAGGGAGGUGGGGCACGUCACAAAGGGCCUCAAAGCAGGACCAGGGGAGUCCUGGCCGGUGGCCCCGUGAGUGGAGCAGCUAUCUUCUGCACCGAGAGGCCACCAGCUCCAUCCCUGGUCGGGGCUCAACAGGUUAAGGGUUCGCAGCCCUACAGUUAUCUUCCCUCUAGAGGGAGGGGCUCCUUGCUGAGCAGGAUGUUUUCCUUCUAAUUCCCGCCCUGGGAUUGCAACGCUGCCCCCAGGCCCCAGAGGAAGAGGGGGCACCGCCGACGCUGGGCCCUUUGCGGUCUCUGGCUAUACUCUGAGCUCGGACAUGCCAGUCAGGCCUGUCUGAUAGAGAAGAGGGAGGCUCGGCGGCUGGAGGAGAGCUUCCUGCCCUCUGUGAGCUUGUGCCCUUGUGUGCCCUGAGGUCCUACCCACGUAGGUGACGGGUGGCCCUUCUGUGAGCCCCCUGCCCAUCUGGGAGGCGGAGGUGGGUCCUGUUCUGAGCUGGGAGGUGCUGGCUCAUGGGGGUGCCUGGCAGAUGUCAGGAGGACACUGCCUGGCUGGACAGUUGAUGGCAUGUCCACCCACACACGUGUUCCUUCAGUUCAGGAGUCUGAUUCGCCGAAGUCCACCCAAAUGUCCCCUCUACUGUUCUCAGGGCCCCACUUUUCCCAAGUUGACACCCCACAAUUUAUACGAGAGGGCGCGCCAAUGCCGCCUGCAGGAUCAAAUUCUGGGUUAUGUUUUCAGUUUCGUUCUCACAGCUACAGGACAUUAAAGAGGUUCUUUUCUGGCU